CGCAUUGCCGGGAUGGCGGUACGGUGUAUCAAUGUUGUGACAUAUUACUUGGCAAUAUUUACCUCGCGCUUUUAAACCGCGGUAAACGUAUCGUUGAACGCGAAGAUGAUUAAGCUAACGCAGGACAUUGAUUUGGAGAAUUACACGCUCGUCCUGCCGUCGGUGGCGGUCGGGAAUGUCGGACAGCUGUCCGUCGACCUGCUCAUUUCGAACCUUAACCUGCCGAAGAUCGGUCAGAUUUUCAGCACGUCAUUCGUGCCCGUCGUCGGCGCGAACGCGUACAACGAGCGCUCGACCGAGCUCAUCACGGCGAUCGACGUUUACGCGGGCGUCAGCCAACGCGUUGUCGUCGUGCAAAUCCGCUCGCCGUACGUGGGCGAGCUCGUGGAAUUCUUCAACGAACUGGCGCAGUUUGUCACCGCGAGGAAAAUAGCCAAGGUGAUAAUUCUCGCGAGCAGUCAUGACUACGCGAAGAGAGAGGUCCAGCCGCAGCAUCUUAAACUGAGAUAUGUCGCGUCCCCCGGCAUACUUUCCCAGUUUGGCGGACUCUUCGGCGACCUCAACUGGAUACCGCAUGAACCGAGAGUCGCGUCCGACGUGACGACGGGGGAGGAACGAUUGCUGAUCCCGGGCGGUGGAUUCGCCAAGAGCCUCUUCAACCAUCUGUCCGGCGCCGACGUACCGUGCGCCGUCUUGUUCAAAUUCUGCUCCGAGGGGGAUAACAUAGAGGACGCGGUGGCUCUGGUGUGCUACUUGGACCAGUGGAUGCGUGUAUUAGGGACAGUCGAGAGCAGCAGCUUGAAGUAUCCGCCGUCGUGGAAGCAUCUGUUUGGAAAGCCGCCGUCGCAGGAUAUAUAUUGAAUGUAUACCUGGAUAUAUUUUGUCUGUUAAUCUUGAAAUAAUAUUUUUGCUACGGUUAUACAAGCGUCUAAUUGUAAGUUUAAUACACAGUCUAAAUUAUAGCUGUAAACGUGAUAGCUUUGUCGUAUAAAAAUUAUGACUGUAUA